UUUAAUGACAGUGUGAAGUGACACAUGGCUAGGGCGAUAUGAACAGACAGAGGAAGACGGCCACCUGUACCGAUCUCCUGCCACUCCAGAUAAAACACACUGAUCUACUGGUGAAAGUGGUGUUAAUCCAGUACAGCCUAUAUAGCUAACUAGUGACCCUGUCAGAACUGAAAGUACAACAGUUGUUGUUGUUUUGAAAUGGAGUUGGAAACCGGACAAAAGAAGGUGCUAAGCCUGGGGAUGUUGUGUUUGGACAUUGUGACAGUGUGCGAUAGCUACCCGAAAGAAGACACAGAUAAAAGAGUGUUGGACUACUACUGGCAGAGAGGUGGAAAUGCCUCCACAACAAGUACUGUACUGGCAAUGCUCGGGGAGAGGUCAGAGUUCAUGGGAGCCAUGGCAACAGAUUUAGAAAGCAAUUUUCUUAGAGACAAUUUGAAGAGUUAUGGGGUUGUGUUUGAUGAUGCAAUGGUGUGUGGACCUGAAGUUCAUACCCCUGUCUCCAUGGUGAUUAUCAACCAAUCAAAUGGAUCAAGGACUAUUCUGCACUGUGCCAAAAAUUUACCUGAGGUUAAUUUUAGUCAUUUCCAAACCUUAGAUCUAUCACAGUACAAAUGGAUUCACAUUGAGGCGAGACCAGCAGUACAGGCCUACACUCAGAUAAUGCUUAGAGUGGUGCAAUACAAUGAGACAGCCGUCGACAAAAUCAAAGUGUCACUGGAACUGGAGAAACCUGGACGUCCAGAGCUAGACUCUCUCAUACAAUAUGCAGAUGUCGUUUUCAUCUCUAAAGAGAAAGCUGAUGAUGAACGCUUAUUUUCUAAAGAGGAUGUCGUACGCGCCUAUAUCAAGAAAUGUAAAGCUGGAGCCGUGGUGGUCUGUGCCUGGGGUGACGAGGGAGCGGCCGCCCUAUCUGGAGACGGCCUACUGUGUACCAGUCCUGUGUUCCCCCCGGAGACACUGGUGGACACACUGGGCGCCGGGGAUACCUUCAAUGCUGCUACUGUCUUCGCUCUGUGUCAAGGUCGGAGUGUACAGGAGGCCAUUAGCCUGGGAUGUAAAGUGGCCGGGACUAAAUGUGGGAUGAAGGGCAACAAUGGACUGAGGGAUAUUAUAUGGUAGUGGGUCUGGUUUGUGUGUGUGAUAGAUCUAGAGGUUUGAAUACCAUACAGCAUAAUUAUUUAUAACUAGAUAUGAAUACUGAUGAGGAUCUGAAAAUGUUGAUCAAGGAUGUCAUAAUGGAACUAAAUCUGUAGAAACACAAUACUUCCAUGUUACUAAAUAUAGAUUGCCUUGUUCAGGUUGUUGCCUUCAAGGUUACAGGUACAUAUACAAGCAUAAGAUUAAUCAGGUCAGAAUUAGAGGUCAUCACAUAUUAUCUGUAUCUGCAACUCAGGACUGGAGUGUGUAACAAACAAAAGUUUGAAAUUUGUCGCCCGCCAUGGAAUUUAAAGGGUGCCAUCUUCUAUGCAUUGUCAGUGUUAUUUUUUUUUUGUAUACCAAUCACCUAUGAGAUUAAACUCAAAUUCUCCUUCAAAGUUUAAGAUCAGCAAAAUUUGGCUGUAUCAAGGUCCUAUGGGCCAGUAUUGCUCACCUGAACAUUUUAAAUAUAUUUCAAAAUAUAGCCAUUAAAAACAUUACUGUAAUUAUUUCCCCAUUUCGAUAAAGAACCAUAGGAGCUUUCCUCACGUGAAAAGUGGUUUUUUUUUCUUGCAUAUCGGAGUCUGAAGAUGAUGAUUGUAGAAAUUUUAGACAAUUUGGCGCCUCAGGCCCCUAGGGGGCUGAAUCAAAUAACUCACGAGUUUGGUUUGUCUUUUGCCAUGGAAGGUUCCCGCAAAGAUUGAUUGAAAUUGGUUCAAUAAUUUCGAGAAGAAAUAUAAAGUGUGAAUUGGUUACAGUUACAAUGUUUAUGCGAGACCAUAGACCUAAAUUAACGGGACCGCCGACUCCAUGACGUCACGCUCUAUAAUCAACCAAGGAGCUUCCCGAUGUUCGCAGCGCCCCCAUCGGGUGGUAUAGGAAGCAACUUCCGGUUUGCUCCAGGGGUAAAACAAUGGGUGGCAAACACUGUUGUGUGGUCGGUUGUACCAACUCCAGUAAGAAAACAGGACAGGGUACUAAUUACUUUGGCUUUCCUAAAGAUGCAGAAUGGCGGUCACCAUUGAUAGCAGCCGUAAAUCGGUGUGAUUCGGGGUUUAAUCCUGACAGCAUGCACAUUUGUUCGGCCCAUUUUGAGCCAAGUUGCCUUCUAUUACAUGAUUGAAAAAGUCUAGGUUUAAUAUCAAAAUAUGAUUUGUUUAAUUGUUGAUGAAUAACUUAGGAUUAUAAAAAUAAAAUACAAU